CUUUAAAAUUAUAUUGCAUGGUAUAUAAUAAAAAGAUCUGAAGUCACAGCAACAUUUCAAAAAAAAUUUCACGCAUUUGUUUAUUAGAAAUGAUGGUGCGUAUACAAGGAUGUUUCACACCUUUGCUCAGUUUACUUUCUUUAACUUUCCUUAUCGCAGCAGCUGUUGGAUCUAAUUGCAAGAGCAGCUCAUAUUUCAAAGACUCAGGACCAUUAGUAAAAACUACCACCGGCUCUAUCAUCGGAAAAAAUAUAAAAUUAUUCGAUACCACAAUUGCUGGAUUUUUCGGUAUUCCUUUCGCAGAGCCUCCAUUGGGUGAAAAAAGAUUUAAGCGACCAGAACCAGUCAAACCUUGGCCAGGAAUACUUGAUGCUACCCAGUUGCCUCCUCCAUGCAUGCAAUACUCCAGCAGAAAAUUUGACUGGCUGCCGAUCACUCCUCCAAGUGAAAAUUGCCUAUUCCUGAACAUCUGGUCACCAGCAAAAGUAUGCAACAAAGUAACACAUGACAUUCCUGUUAUUGUUUGGAUUCACGGCGGAGGAUUUUAUUCUGGCUCAACGGAUUUAGAUAUUUAUGACGGGAGUACCAUAGCAGCCCUUGGCAAUGUUGUGGUAGUAUCCAUCAGCUAUAGAGUAGGAGUAUUUGGAUUUCUCAACUUGGGCACCAAAGAUGCAGAGGGCAAUAUGGGACUUUUCGAUCAAACUUUAGCACUGGAGUGGAUAACGAACAACAUUAAAUAUUUUCGAGGGGACUCAGAAAGCAUAACAUUAAUGGGAGAAAGUGCUGGCGCACUGUCUGUUAGUAUGCACAUAAUAUCUCCACUUUCCCGAAAACUAUUCCACAGAGCCAUUUUGCAAAGUGGAUCUGCCUACCACUCUUUAUUUGUAGACAAUCUAGAACAAGCUAAGGUAAAAGCUCUGACUUUUGCUCAGAUGGUGGGAUGCGGUCCUGAAAAUGUGGAUGGAAGUGCUAAAGAACUUGUAUUUUGUUUGCAAAAGAAGGACCCAACAGAUCUUGCGAAAGCAGAAGAUAUCUUUACUUCGAAACUUCCUUUUCUCUUUUUACCUUCCAUUGAAAAUGAUUUUCUCCCAAAAAACCCAAUCAAAGCCUUCCAGACGGAACAGAUAGAUGUUGACGUAUUAAUCGGGACCACAAAGAAUGAAGGCUCAAUUUUCCUAAAUUACAUGAUGGCAGAUCUAUUUCCGCUGCUCCAGAAUCCAAAAAUAGACAACGAAACAGCCCUCCCCAUCAUUCGAGCUUUAUUCCAAACAGUACCAAGUGUUUCAGCUGACAACGUUUUUAAAUUUUAUUUAAAGAACAUACCUCCAGGAGAUUCGGUUGCAAUUGCGACAGCCAUAUCAGAUUCGUUUGGAGACUAUGCAAUAAACUGUCCAACACUUUAUUUAGCUGAAAACUUAAACCAUGCUUACUCUUACUGGUUUACGCACCAAUCCCUAAAUCAUCAAAAUAGUGAAUGGCUUGGAGUAACUCACUUUGAUGAUGUUCCUUACACAUUUGGACUCCCUAUAAAAGAUGAUCAAUACACUCCGGAAGAUGGAAGAUUUAGCCGAGAUUUGAUUCAUAAAUGGGUAUCUUUCGCACGAUGUGGGCAUCCUUUGGAGGAAGGAAGAAAGAAUGAAUGGCCAAAAUUCAAUGCAACUUGUCCCAUAUCCUAUGAAUUAAAUGCAAGAAAUCAAAGAACUUUGCUCUUCCCAAGAAUGGAAGCUUGCGAAUUUUGGAGACCUUAUUUCUCAAUCGAUUCCAGCUAAGUGUAAGUGACAAGAUCAUCCGAAAAUGGGCAUAGCACUUGGACAAAUGAACUGUUUUUGAAGUGUGAAGUGCAACCAGCAGGGACAUUGCAGCAAAAAUCACAUGUACACAUGUUUUGAAGUUUAGAAUGAGGAAAUUAAGGAAUUUACAGAACCGAAAUCAUCAGUGGUAGCAUGAGUCUGGACCCUCCCCGAAGUGAGUAAAAAUUUCAAAGAUAAAGAAGGCCAAUUUUUCACACAAUUCUCUUACUUCAAUAAUAUAAGAAAACUUGAAAUUGAGUGCAUACAAUCAUACAUGUAUGUAAUAUAUUUUCUACUCCUUGUACAUAUUGAAGAAAAAUAAAGCUUAAAAACUUUUUUCA